AUGUGUCCGAGUCAUUUGCAAGAGAAAAUUAUCCAAUUAAAUGUUUUGUUUAAGGAAUCCGAUACCGUAAUCGAUGACUUACAAACUACACUCGUUGAUUUCCUCUUGGAACUUCAAAAAGACUUGGACCUAGACUUCGUUCAAGUUGAACGUAUAAGACAAUAUCUCAAUGACAGAGGCACUCUAUUUCGUUUCCUUAGACGAGCUGGUUUCGAUUUCGAUUCAGCCUUGAGAACUCUCAAAUCCGACUUACGAUGGCGUGUGGAAAAUAAUGUUGACACCAUUUCUCUCGCCGACGUUCAUCCAUUAUUUGUUGAAAAAGGAUUAUUCUUUUUUCAUAAAACCGAUAAAUUUGGCCGUCCCUGUGCAGUGUUCAACUUGCGUGAAUACAAGCGUGACGAUGGAUCUCCUACUAUUGAAGAGGUGAAAAAAUUUAUCAUUUAUAACGCGGAAGUAGCCAGAAGGAUGCUAUUGGACAGGACUAGAGAAUCAAGAGAUGGACCGGUUCUGCAAUACGUCAUCUUGUUAGAUUUGAAAGGAGCCGGGGUUUCCACUUUGGAUCUGGAAUUGGUCCCGUUUACGAUCGACAUCAUGAGGCACCAUUUUCCUGGUUCUGCGGGAUCAAUAUUCAUCCUAAAUUAUGGGUGGAUGUACUCGGGCAUUUGGCAAAUUGUCAAACGUAUCCUUCCCGAAGAAUCCCUAAACCGUAUCUUUUUUCCCUCGGAGAAGGAAAUUUGGAAUUAUUUCGAUGAAGAAAAUGUGCUUAUAGAACAAGGUGGAAAAGAUACUUAUGAAUACGAUUCGGAAACUUGCGAAGCGUUCAGAUUUUACGGAAAUCCAUCACCUGUAUUACAAAUACCUUUGAGCAGAGCAACAUCUUUUGACUCUUUGCACGACGUAUUCUAUUCCGCGCAUAAUACUCCAUUUCAUAGUCGUCCAUCAACUCCAUUUUUCAGUAGACCAGCCACCCCACACGGAAGCCGGCCGGGCACUCCCGUUUCCAGCCGACCCGCAUCACCCGGUUUGGAUCACGUGGCUGUCCCGAAUUGGUUAAAAAUGACGCCACGUUCACGCUUCAUACCUCAACUCCAUUCAUUUACUCCUAUCGACAACAAUAUCAAUCACAAUAGAAACAAUAAUACCAUCUUAUCACCUAGACCCUUAAAACCAAUAUCACAAAGAGUUUCCCCCAUGGCAUCUCCUAAUCUUCGAUUUACCGUCAUCGAUCAGGAAGUGCCCGCAUUAACGUCGCAUAACCCCCUUAAUCAACAUCUCCCCUCCAUCACACCUAUAUGUAAGACAACAAAUGAGGACAAUGACUCUCAUUUUGAUCUCCAUCAUACUCAUCAUGUUCAUUUUCAAGUCGAUGAAAAUCAACAACAAUUGCAACAUCCUAAUGAUGAUGAUGAUGGUUCAUCACCAACCCAUCGUCACAAUUAUCUUUCAAUCAUACGAUCUAGAAGCGUGCGUCGCGUAAAGCUUUUCUUCACGAGAUUAUUGAGGAGAUUAAUCGCACGCAGGGUGUCAGGAUUUUUAUAUUACCUAGUUAUGGUGGUUUUAUUACGCGGUGGCCUAAUGGACGAAUUCCUGAGAUUGGUUACACGACAGGUUACCAUGCAAUUGAGCUGGAAUGCAAGCACCGCAACGACUUUAACGACUGCACUUUUAUCUGCUGCUCUGAGUGGACGAAAUGGUAACCGCCUUUUAAGAACGUGA